GGAGGAGGAGGAGGAGGAGGAAACCCUCGCUGGAGGAAAAGUCGUCGUGUUGCAAUCGAUUACUACUGCCUGCUCUCUCUGACGUCAAGAUGGACGCCUGCCGAAACAGGUUAUAACGAGGGAAGCGGCUCCUCUGCAGUAUUCAACGUGCAUUUCCCCUGUCCUGCGCUACAGCAUGACCACAGCAGCGGUGGCUCAUCUCACACUUCUGGCAAAUGAAAAUGGAGGAGGUUUCAAUGUCCAGCCUGGACAACAGCAAGCUGGAGGGCCUAGCUCAGGAAAUCCUGUCUGACCUGGUGGAGGAUGCAUGCCUGGGUCUUUGCUUCGACGUCCACCGGGCCGUCAAGCAGGGUUACUUUUUCCUGGAUGACACGGACCAAGAAAGCAUGAGGGACUUUGAAAUUGUGGACCAGCCGGGACUUGACGUGUUUGGCCAGGUGUACAACCAGUGGAAAAACAAAGAGUGUGUGUGUCCCAACUGCAGCCGAAGCAUCGCCGCGUCCCGCUUCGCCCCGCACCUGGAGAAAUGUCUGGGCAUGGGACGCAACAGCAGCCGUAUAGCCAACCGCAGAAUAGUCACUGGUAAUAACACAAACAACAAAUCAGAGAGUGACCAAGAGGACAAUGACGACGUCAAUGAUAAUGACUGGUCUUAUGGGGCAGAGAAGAAAGCUAAGAAAAGGAAAUCUGAUAAGAACCCAAACUCACCCAGAAGAUCCAAAUCAUUCAAGCAUAAGAGCAGCAUGAUGGGUCCCAGACGUCGGAUGGACAACCAGGAGAGUCCGCGCAUGCUAAUGAAAGAUGAGGCCUUCCCUCAAUAACACACUCAGCCACAAAUACACGUUAUCUUGCCAUCGUGUGUGUGUGUGGUGUGUCUGCACGUACCCACACACACUCAAGCACGGAGAGACCAACAACACGUCACCUUUGGUUCUUAAUCAUGUGAUAUCAAUGGACAUUUAUGGUGUUCGCUGCUCUGCAGAAGCAGUCCAGACCUCCUACUGUAUACUUGACAGAUUUUAUUUUUCUUCCACAAAGUCAUUGUACCAACACUCAUUUUAUUUUUGUUUAGUUAGUUAGUUUUUUUUAAAUUUAAUUUUUUUGCUGCAGUCCCAAAUAAUAAAUAUCAGCGCACACGAUUUGACUGCACAGAAGUAGAUUGUGUUGUAAAUGCAUCCAAUGGCCCGAACACAGGGUAUGCACAGGGAACACACAAUAUGUUGUUUCUCAAAACACACAUAUGAUUAGGUGUAGUUAACGUUUCCUCACCUCUUUAAAAAAAAUACGUCAAAGACAAUCUUUGCUAAUUGUUUGUCUUUUUAGUUUCACAUUCAUUGUCAGGUUCGGAGCUCUCCAGUUGAAUUGUAACCCAGUAUGUGUGGGAGUGUGUUGUGUGUGUGUGUGUGAGAGAGAGAGAGAAAUAAUGGCUUGUUAUUCACCUGUGGAAACUUGUUGAAAGUGUUCAGUAAAUGAACCCCUAAUUAUACAAGCAGGAAUUAACUUCAGAAAGCAGCAGGUUUCUUUUGAUUUUUGUUUUCUUUGCUGGAUAGACCGGCUGGUUUUCUAGCAUUGAAAUGAUGUGUUCGUAUCAUGUGUUUACAUUGUAAAGGGUGACAUGUAUCCUUUUUUGUGUGACGUGUUAGUGUAAAUAUUCCAAUAGUUGAAUUGCUGCUAUCAUGGCUCAGUUUGUUUCAUCUGUCUAGCAUAAUAAAUGAUUUGUUACCUC